AUGUCUCAACUCAAAACCGUGCUCAUCAAAACAAGUCUGAAAACUCUUCAAGUUCCUGUUGGAAGUAAUUUGCGACAAGUUCUUCUCGAAAACGACAUUCCUCUCUAUAAUGGUAACACUCAGACCUUUAAUUGUGGUGGAAGAGGUGUGUGUGGAACUUGUGCAGUUCAAGUCAAAUCCAAUGUGGAUGGAGGUCUCUCCAAUACAAAGCUCAUGAAGAGAACAUUGGGAGAGGAGAUUCGAUUGAAACUUCCUCCUCACGAUUUGAAUCAGGACAUUCGAUUGGCUUGUCAAUGCACUGUUGAAGAAGAUAUUGAAGUGCAAAAAUUUGACGGAGUCUGUGGACACAAGUAUGAAAAAAAGGUGUGGUGA